GCGUUGCAUGGCCUCGUUACCAUCUGGGUUCCUGCGUCUACCAAUUACGGUUCGGCCUUCUGGCACAAAGUAUAUAACCACAAGCUUUAAUGUCCUCUCAAUAAUCAAUUCUCUUCUCAUUCAACACAAUGAUGGCACCGGAUCAUCCUCUACCAGCGCAAGGCCACAUGUUUGAUAUUCCCAUUGACCUUUACAAUGAUACUGUACACGCAAGCCCUGACCACACCUUAUGUCGGUGGGACAUCGGCGGGGGCAUACCAUGCGGCGCGUACAUCAGCGUCUUGGACCUUUCAAAACACGUGCGCAUGCAUGGAGUGAAGGGACCUGGGGAUUUGGCAAUACAAUGUGCGUGGGAUGGCUGUACAAGACCCCCCAUGAAACGGGAGAGUGUCGUUCGGCACAUCGAGGAAGUGCAUGUACAAGUCAAAUAUCCGUGCAGCCAAUGUUGGGCUUCUUUCUCUCGCAAACAUACGCUUAGCUCCCAUGUCUUAAAGGCUCAUUCGCAUGCAUCCUAGUACGGUUUCCUGGCCCUUUGCGCAUUUAGUCCUGCGAGUAUCUCCUACCCCUCAGUAACAGUUGUCGUAUCACCCUCGCUCUGGAUAUACUGCCAUUCCCGGUAAUCUGUAUUACAUUCUCUCUGGAUUCACAAGUACCGUAGAAUCGUGCCCGUCCUUAUUUUCAUGAUGUAUGAUAUCCCCGCUAACUCGAAAUGUCAAUGCUAUGCUCAUAGUCACCGGAA